AUGUCAGGAAGCUAUGGAGGUACUGGGUCACAGAAAGGCUCGGGCCAGAAGGGCGCUGUGACUGCAGCUAGAAGACAGCUGCAGAGACGGACCACCAGUGCAGGGUUUGUGAGCACGGAGCCCGCCUCCACAGACCUGGGGAACGGACUGUCAACAAUGGAUGAAAGUGACCAGCACCCUCAGUCAGAUAUUGACACAUGGACAAUGAUCCCGGGUUUGCUGGCCAUCAUCAUUGCCCUGUGUGGGCUGGCAGGAAACGCGGUCGUGAUCUGGCUGCUGGGCUUCCGCCUGCGGAGGAACCCCUUCUGCGUCUACAUCCUCAACUUGGCCGUGGCUGACUGCCUCGUCCUGGGCACCAUGACUGCUUAUGCACUGAUGGUACUCAUCGAUUAUUUCCAAUUCAUUUAUUUUGUCUACAACCGUUUCAUUAACUUUGUGAUAUUAUUUCCCUACCUGGCAGACAUGAGCCUUAUCAGCGCCAUUGGCACCGAGCGAUGCCUGUCCAUCCUGUGCCCCAUUUGGUAUCGCUGCCGCCGCCCAACGCAUAUGUCAGGGGUCAGCUGUGCUCUGAUCUGGGCCCUGUCUCUGGUACAGGCCUUCCUGGAGAUGCUCUUCUGUACAGUCGCAUUGGAUUUGUGUUCAUCAUUUAAUUUCUUCCUUUGGAUGUGGGUGAUUUUCUUAUUUGUGGUUCUCUGUGGGUCCAGCCUGGUUCUGCUGGUGAAGGUGUUCUAUGGCUCCCAGAGGAAGAAGAUGACCAGGCUCAUUGUGACCAUUCUGAUCACUGUGUUGGUCUGCCUGCUGUGUGGCCUGCCCUAUGGCUUUGGUUGCAGUGCCAACCCCAUCAUCUACUUCUUCGUUGGCUCCUUUCGGCAGCAGCGGCGGCGGCUGAAACCGACCCUCAGGAUGGUUCUCCAGAGGGCACUGCAGGACACUCCUGAGGGGGAGGAACCUGGAGGAGGCCCCCCUCAGGGACCCACGGAGCAGGCAGAGAGCAGUGUGGUGUAG